AUGAAUAAUUCGGAUAAUAUUUCUCUUGCGAAUAACGCUACUUCAAAAAAUGCUAUUUCAAAUUCUCUUUUAAUCGCCUAUGGACAUAAAAGCGUAGAAUUAAAGAUUAUAAAAGAUACAAUAAGUAUGUAUCAGAAUAGUUUUUUAGAAAAGGAAAAAGUAUUAAAAGAAGAAAAACAAAAGCUGGAGGAAUUAAAUUAUCAAGUGUGGUCAGUAGAAGAGUCAUUUUGCGAACAAGUAUGGCAAUUUUCUCACGAACAUAAUUUCUUUGAUAUCUUCAAAUAUUAUCCCUUUGUUAUAAAAACUGAUCACUGCGCAAAGCAAAAAAAUAAUGAUAAAAACGAUAUUGUAAAGGACUCGGAACUGACUGAUCUUAUAAAUGAAAUUGAUACAAUUAAAGCAGAAAUAUUUAGCUUAAAUCAUGAAAAAAAUAUCAAACAUGAGAUGGAGAUUGCCUUAAUAAACUUACAAAAAUUACAAUUAAUUGCAGAUGACAUUACAGAAUUACUGAAGUUGAUAAGUCCUUUAGAAUCUCCAUACAAACUCGCGACGAUAUCAAUACCAAUAUAUGACGAAGUAAUUUCUGAUAGUGUAAAUAAAAUCAAACGACAUAUGAAUGAUACAGGUCGCAAAAACUCGAUAAACAAAAAAACAUGUAAUAAUCAAAAGGAGAAGCCAGUGAAAAAUAAAUCAUGCCUAAAAAAUGACAUAUCGAAUUUUACGCUUACUAAUAAAAUAACAAUUGCAUCUCCUAAAAUUUAUCCUCAAUUAUCUCUUGAAAAGAGUAUCGUGCAUACUGCGAAAACAACAAUGACGGAUAUAUCUACAGAAUUUACAUGCAACGAGAAAUAUGAAAAUUUUAUUCCAAAAAAACGCAGUGAAAUUUCUAUUAAAUUUGAACAGCAUCGUCAACAUAUAAUUAAUAAUUAUUAA